AAUCCCCACUGGGGUUUUUAUUUUUUGCUAAACAAACCAAAAAAGGCUGAAAAUUUUGAAAAAAAAAGUUUUUUCUUAGUUUCUGUUAUAAAAUUUUAUAAAUAAGUAAUUUUUCUCCUUCACUGAUGUGCGCUAAUGAGGCUGCAGUGAUGGGCACUGAUGGGCGGCACUGAUAGGCACUGAUAUGUGCCAUUGAUGUGCACUGAUGGGCACUGGUAUGUGGCAUUGAUGGGCACUGACAGG